AUGGCCACAAACCGUGACGAUACCCAUCCUACCCCCCCGCAAUCCCCGGCCGCCGAAGUGGCCGCAAGCCUCCAUGACGGCAAAACGCACCUCCUCCUCGCGGCCACCGGCUCCGUAGCCACAAUCAAGCUCCCACACAUAAUCACCUCGCUCUCUAAACACGCCAAUCUCUCCAUCCGCGUCAUCCUAACGAAAAGCGCCGCCCGCUUCCUCCCUCCCCCGGAACACCCACCCGGCUCCCAAUCGACGAACACCGCCACCGCAACGCCCUCAGCAGCAGACUACAUCCGCUCCCUCCCAGGCGUGGAGGGGAUCUACGUCGACGAAGACGAAUGGGCCGAGCCGUGGACGCGCGGCAGCGAGAUCCUGCAUAUUGCGCUGCGGCGGUGGGCGCAUCUGCUCCUCAUUGCGCCGUUGAGCGCCAACUCGCUCGCCAAAAUCGUGCACGGGUUCGCGGAUAACCUGUUGACGAGUGUGGUGCGCGCGUGGGACACGACGGGCCUCAUUGAUGGGAAGAAGGAUGCCAGGAUUGUGGUUGCGCCGGCGAUGAAUACGGCCAUGUGGGUGCAUCCUGUUACGGGGCAGCAGAUUCGCGUGCUGGAGGAGGAGUGGGGCGUGAAGGAUGAGGGGACGGGGGGGUGGUUUGAGGUGCUGAGGCCGAUUGAGAAGAACCUGGCUUGUGGGGAUGUUGGGGGAGGGGCGAUGAUGGAGUGGGUGGAUAUUGUUGCCGUUGUGGAGCGGAGGUUGCGGUUAUCUAUGUCUUGA